GUUUAUUUUAUGAAAGUGUGGAGUACAUAGUAGUGUAAUAAAAUGGCCUAACAUACUGUAAGUUGAUAUAUCUCAAAGACUAAACCCCCUUUUUUAAGCAAUUCUGCUGUGUUCAUGGUGUCUUGUAAGUGGUAAUGUGCAAGUUGUUAAAACGUCAUUUCCGACCUCAGCACAUCCAGUGCGCCAAGUGGAAGAAAAAACAUGGACGCCUCCGCUAAAGCGUCGUUUAUUUGCUCUGUCAGAGCACGUAAUGCUUAUAAAAAGCUACUUUUACAGUUACAGGCCUGAGGGCUACUGGUACUGUUCUGCUAUACUGAACUUCAAACAUUCAUGCAACAUUUUGGACUGAAGUUGCAGCACAGGAACAACAGAGGACAAUAGCGAGUAGCUUAGCAACCAGCUAGCCAGCUGACAAUAGCGAGUAACUUAGCAACCAGCUAGCCAGCUGACAAUAGCGAGUAGCUUAGCACCCAGCUAGCCAGCUGACGUUAGUGAUAACGCUAAUGUUGAUGAUUACCUUCUCAAAACAGCAAAUAAUAUGGAGUCUGAUGCUGUUGAUGAUGGAGUCUCAGACGCAGAGAGCUGCUCUGCCUCAUGCUUGGGUGCUACCGGAGGCUCAGACUCCCGGGUGGACUCCCAGCUGACCGAUGCCAUACGCUUAAAAAUGGAGGGUAAUGCAUUUUACCGGGAGAAGAAUGUGCGCAGUGCCAUCAGACGUUACCACCACGCCUUGCUUGUGCUCCGAGGUCUGGACUCGGAUGUGAUGUCAAGUCUUAAGGGCUUUAGACCCCAGUCUUCCACCCUCACACCAGAGCAAGAGGAACUGCUCAGGAGCACACAGGUUGACUGCUAUAACAACCUAGCAGCAUGCUUACUGCAGCGUGAAGUUGUGGACUAUGCCCGUGUGCAGGAGUACAGUCUGAAGGUACUGCAGUGGAGGGCAGGAGAUAUUAAAGCCCUGUACAGAGCUGGAAUAGCCACCCUGGAGCUGGGUGAUGCGCAGACUGCCCGACAAUACCUCCUCCAGGCCAGCAGAGGGAAACCUAAUGAUGCCAAUGUGAAGAAACAACUCCAGCGAGUGGAAGAAAGGCUCAGCAAAGACUAUGAAAAGGAGAAAGCUCUCUACAAAGGCAUGUUCAAUAAACAGAAGCAGGAAGAAGAAGAGGAAGCUGCAGAGGAGAACCCAAACCAGGUGUGAGAAGCUCUGAAGAUCUCCGCCAGCUGAAAAGAUGAAGAAUGAAACUGAAGAGAAGAUGGCUUACCAAAAUAUGGGAUAUAUGUUGCCCAGGGCAUGGAAUAUAAACCCCAGUAAGGGGUUUAAUGAGCGUACAGAUCUCUUGCCAAGACUGAAUCGGAAUGAGGGCAGAAUAUUAUGACUGGGCAGUUUGAAAAUUAAAAGCCUUAUUAGUCCAUCGACUGUGGCUCCAUCAGUUAACUGCUGUUCAGGUUUCUGUUUCUUCUGUGUAAGUGUUUAUACCAUCACAUGAGAGCUUGUCAUCUUUCAGCACUGUUAUAUAAUAAUUUUUUGAAACUUUUUUUUUUUUUUUUUAAUUUAAGACUG